GUACGUUAACAAUCUAUGUAACUAUCUGAACUGGUCACAGAUAGUUACCAUGACGGCGGGCUUAAAGUUUGCCACAACACCAAUAAUUGUGGUGAAUACUCGCAGUCAACCAAUGAUUUCAUAACACGAAAUGUGAAGAUUACAUCAAAGCUCGGUACCAUGCAUUGAACAGCUCAGGCGGCUGUUUUUAGCAUUGUACAGUAAGUACUCGAGCGCGCAGUUUAUGCACGGUACCUCAUUCCAUGGGAACAGCUCCCCAUUGGCAAUUGGCAAGCGGAAGCUUUACCAGCUUUCGGCGCGUCGCAUUACCGCGAAGCAGCUUUAUUUUCGCAACCAAAACAAGCAUACUCGACGUCGUGGUUCACAAUACAUAUACAUUCGUUUCGCAUAACUGUACAAUUUUGUUGUUCAAAUCAUUGUCUGGCGUUCUACAGCGUGACGUCAGUCACGCAGUUGGCUCAACGCCUUGUCUCUGUUCUUAUUUCGAGUGAAGUACCAAAAUGGCCGAUGAAUACCAAGAGUUUCCCAUCGAGGAGACGCCGGUGCCGACACAAGCCACCGGGGAUGUGGAGAUGGACGACGAAGCCGGAGGGGCCAUCGAGAACGCGAACGGCAGCGAGCUUCCCUUCGCUGGAGGUGCUGAGGCCGAGCCUGAGGCCGAGAAGCGUCCCGAGUUCAUCGACUAUCUGAAGAGUCCAGUCGUUACCCUGCUAGUCGGGAACAGUGGGAUUGAAACGAUUCUUACAGCACACCAAGCACUUCUUCUGCAAAGUCCCUACUUCGUGGAAGCUUGCGCCGCUUUCAGCAACGACGGAAGUCCCCGACAGAUCAAACUGGAAAACGAAGAGAUCGAUGCAGUCGGCAGCUUCCUCGAAUACCUCUACACUGGCGACUAUUUCCCUAAGAAAAUUCCCGGAACCCGACAGUUGGAGACUGACCCGUCGUUGCCCAGCGUGGACGAGUCGGGCAACCAGCUGUUGAAACAUGCGCGAGUAUACACAUUGGCGGACAGGUUUGGCGUGAGCAAGCUCAAGGGUCUUGCUACGAGCAAGAUCCACUGCGUCAACUCCACGGCCAAGGGCGAGAUCCAAUACGCCCGCUACGUCUAUGCCUACACAAGCACUGAGGACGCAUCAAUCCGUGCGCCCGUUGCUAAUUUCUGGGCUACGAGAAGUCACACCCUCCGUGCCGAGGCCGAGGAGGAGUUCCGUGGCCUAUGCUUGGAGUAUCCUCAAUUUGGUUACGAUGUCCUUACACGCGUGUUGGAUGAGAAGCUCAAGCGCGAGACGCAAGGCAAGCUGCACCCUGCGUCCAGUAGUAACCGCAAGAGGCCGCGUCUUAGCAACAUCUAAUCAUGACACGUUUACUGCGGUGAAUGUCUAACAUUCGGCUUGUUUCAUACAAAAAUGGUUCAUGAAAAGACUGAAGAAAUAUUCAACGGUGGUGUUACAUAAAGGACAGUCUAAAGAAACUGCGACUUGGUAGCUUGGGGCAUAUAGCUCAGCUUACGGUUUGCGCUAGGUAUGCGUUGGCGCUGGUAUGGUUUAACAAAAUUGUACAUUAGAGAACAUGAAAGCCUUAGGUCACAAUAGGGUAACAUAGGUGGACGACUAAUUGCAAUUCAAAACGAUAAUUUUCAGGAAAAAUGUUCAUU